GAACGGGUUACCAGUGAGUCGUCCAGUCCGGCCGGGUUAUACUUCCGGCCGGGUUACGCCGCGGGGUAUAUCCCCGACACCAGCCCCCUUCAUCCAAACCAACGGAGUCUUGCCGUCGCGUGAAGAGACUUAAUACAAGAGAGAAGCGUUUCCUUCUCUUUGCAAGAAUCAGCAUCCCGGUUCCGACUCCAACCCCUAAGAAAACGCCGAAGGUUGGAAGAGAGAAAAUGCCAAUCAUCCACUGGGCCGAAGGAACGGUGUGAACUAAGAAUCUUGCCCGACACCAAGUGAAAAAAGCCCUCAGUAAGAAGCCACGAAGCGUCAAACCUAAAAGAGCGGGGACAGGAGGAAGGAACCAUGACAGAAUCAAGAAGGGAUGUGUGAUCACUACCAAUAGAGGAUUCCGCAACAAGAGAAGAACGGGGAAACAACCUAUCCCAAUCAGGAGAAACAAGAACUCUAUCCAGGACCGAAUGGACAUGGUCGAGUUGAUGACUAGACCACGUGUACCUCGCCCCAGACCUAUGGAGCUCGCGAAGCGCAAAGUUAAUGAUGAAAUCAUUGAAACCCUCAGCCCUAGAUCAAGAAACAUUAUCAUUAUUUUUGUCCCAGGGGAACCUAACAAGGUUUAAAUCACCACCAAUCAGAAAGGGAACAGAAAUAGAUUCAACUUUAGCAGUUAGCUCCAGAAGAAAAGCGUUCGAUAAAGAAUGAUCGGCCGGCCCAUAAACCCGAAUGAACUCCCAGCUCUUAUCAAGAAUACGAUGGUGAAGCACUAGGCUAGCAAAGUAGGAACCAGAAUCAAAGGAAACCAAAUCAAAAACAUCCUGUCGCGCCCUUAAUAGGAUACCGCCCGAAUGGCCAGAGGCUGGGAUCCACUUCCAGAAAAAAAUCCCAUCGGCAGCCAAGGAAGCCAGAUUGACAUAAGAAAAGGAUGCUUUGAUAGUUUCUUGCAACCAAAUAAGAUCAAUAUCAUUAGAAUUUGGCGAGACCGAUGGAUUCCACGGGAUGGGGGAGGACGACCGGUGACACCACAAGGCCGAAGCCGUCUCCGCCGGGUGUCUGAGUUGUUGGAUAAUCAUGGUGGUUGGCAUAUGGACAUUAUUCAUGACACGUUCCUUCUGGUGGAUGCAUAAGAGAUUGCCAAAAUUCGAACUUCACCUCGUAUGGGUGAGGAUCUUCUUGCGUGGGGACCGGAGCGGAAUGGUUGCUUCACGGUACGGAGUGCUUACCGACUUGCUCUGGAGGAUCAUCUUUGGUCCUCUUCAGUCGCGGCGAGCAAGGCACCGGAUGGGCAACGAGCCGUCUGGGCUUCUAUAUGAAGGUGCCCUGCUCCUCCUAAGGUUCGCACCUUCACUUGGCGUUUGAUCACAGAUUGUCUACCUACGUGGGUUAAUAAAAAAACGACGCGGUUUGGAAGUCUUUGAUGACCGCCCCCUUUGCGCGAUGGAGUCAGAGGACACGUUUCAUGCAUUUCGUAGAUGUCCUAGAGCGGUGACACUUUGGCAAGCGAUGGCAGAACAGUGGCGGAUCCCCCUGUCGGCGUCGUUUUAGUGGACGGGCUCUGAGUGGCUUGCCCAAACGCUUUGCGACCUGCGGGACACGGAGAGAUUGGAGCUCAUGAUGACACUAUGGCGUUGCUGACAUGUUCGCAACGAGAUAACACACCAUAAGCAUCCGCCCCCAGUUGAAGCAUCCAAGAGGUAUCUUCUAAGAUAUGUGGACUCACUAAUUGGUGUGUAGAACAACCCGGGUGCUGAUCCAAUUAAAGGAAAGCAAGUUGUGGAUGUGGUGACUCCCAAAAAGACAUUACCGCAUGCUCAUGCCAUCAAUGGUGCCCCACCCAGGUGGUCUCCUCCGGCUUAAGGAUGGGCAAAAUUGAACGCUGACGGAUCGUUCUGCGCCACAUCGAGAACUGCGGGGGCGGGCAUGAUUCUGCGUGGCUCCACCGGCGACAUCAUUUUCUUAUCCUGUAGAGAGUUGCGUACAUGUACAGAACCAUUGGAGGCUGGGCUCUCAGCUUGCAUGGAGGGCAACAACCUCGCCCUGCAUUGGACGGAGAUGCCGAUAGAAGUAGAGACGGACUGCCUUUUCGCUCUUAACAUGAUUAAUGGCCCGGACAGGGAACGGUCUCGCUAUACCAUGUUGGUUGAUCAAAUUCAAAGGCUUUUGAGGGAAGAGAGGAUGUUCAAGCUAUCUCAUGUUCAUAGGGAACAGAAUGGUGCAAGCCAUUAUCUGGCCUCCUUUGAACGGACAGAAGGUCGCACUGUGGUGUGGUUGGGUUCGGGACCAGGAGACGUCCCUGAUAUUUGUAAGAAUGACUUAUGUCCUGAUUGAUGAAAUAAAAUCUUCCUUUCAUCCGCAAAAAAAGAAAAGAACGGAUGUACUCCUUAAGCAAAUUCCGGCGCCCCCUAACCCCAAAACCACGCAUAUUCCAGAAAAAAGAAUCUCUCUUUCUCUCUGAGUGAAUUCCAUAAUUCUGAUGUGUUACUUUGGUUCGUGUUCAUGCUCUAGGCUGAUGCGCUACUCUGAUUCACGUCCUCCUUUCUGAGGUAUGGUUGUACAAAGAAUUGAAGAUCAGCACUGAGUAGAGGGAUGUCGUCUGCUACUAGGGAACUCUUCUGAUUUGAACAAAAUUAACUAACGCCAAGUGAAAGAAGAAUUUGACAUGACACUAGGCAAAGAAAUAGCCCCGCUAAAAUAAUUAUGCUCUCAUCCGAAGAAGACGACGACAAGAAAAUGCAGAUCAAAAGCAACUCAACCAAGAUACUUGCGAACUGCAGACCAAGUCCACCAAGUUCUUCUUCUUAUCUAGGUCUAUGAAGUGCACCCUCUUAGUGUUGACUGUACUGUACCAUUUCAUUCAUCUCCGACUGUAUGCCAUUGAAUUCUAUCCGACCCAGCAAUUUACAUCAUCCACUAUACUGUUUUCAUGCUACUUAAAAAAAUGCUAGGAAUAACCAAAAGCAAAUCAUGGACGCCAAUGAAUGAAGCUAGCCAACAUCGAACUAAUAGACGGGCGUGGCUCGUCACCGCACCUCCGCCUGCUAGUAAUGUUAUUUUCCUGCCAGCCUUGCUGUUACACUUGGUGGGUUGCAUGCGUCAGAUAAGGGGAAAAAAGAGCAAGUAUCAUGUUGAAUGAACCCAGCUUUUGCUAAUUCUUAGUUGGGUGUGAUUUUCUACUAAUUUUCGGUUCACUCGGGAUUGUGAAAACUGGUGGCGGAGAGUUAGAAAAAAUUAGUGUCUCUUUGCUAAUUCACACAAGGAAACGAUGACUAAAAGUCUGGUAGGACCUGAGUUGAAAGCAAGCCACUUAUAUGUCCUGUUCUAUAAUGCAAUAAAUUCACAUACAACGGUUCAAUUUCUAGGAAACUAAAGGAAGAAUUCGAACCUUACAAAGCUAUUAUCCCCGUCUCAAAAUAUAAGACGUUUUUGUAGCCUCGCGAAUCGGUCCUUUUUGCAGUAGGUCGGUAGAGAAUGCCCUUUUCAGGUCGGUAGCGAAUGCCCUUUUGUUAUAUACUAUCAUAUUAAAAGCAUAACAGCCUUGUGAACCUUUCUCACACAAAUUAAAAUUUGAACUUACACCCAAACAAAACCUGAUCUUAUACCUUAUACCGUUACAUAGUAAAUUAUUAAACCACUGAUUUGGAGUACAUAUGUUGGCAAUCACCGAUCUAACUCAUCAUAUAUUGUUACAAAGAUAUUAAACCACUAGCUCGGGAGAAAAUAUCCACGUUGACCCAUGGUAGUCAAUCUCCUUCCAGCUGGGGCUCAGACUUUGGGAUUUCAUAUCGUAUUUCUCGCCCGUGUCAAUAAAAUGAAGAGCAUCUUGGUCCACGUCUUCACGAGUAGAAAUGGACUUGCAGAAGAAUCUGCUGAUGAAAAGCGCUUGACUGCCCAGCCCACCUGAAAUCGGCACCCAGUGCGCGUCUCCAUUGACAUCCGCCUCAUAAACCUCCACCUUGCGGGUGAAGUUGAUACUAUAAGAAGGCCAAUGCAAUUGUCGCUUCACCAUUAGCAGUUUCCCACAUGACUUAACCAAGUGCCGAUUGAGGGUGAUGAAAUCCUUAGGUUCAUAUGGCACCUCAUCAUCUAUCCAACAUGUUGCGCCUUCAAGAAUCACGUCGUCGUCGGUUUUCUUCUCAAGUUCAUCUAAGGCGUGCUCCUCGGAAUCUUCCUUGCUCGGUACCUCGAUAUGGCCUUCAUCAAUAUUCGUGACCUUGUCCUUAGUGCCCACAUCAUUGAUUCCGGACUCAGAAUUAUCAUCAUCAUCACUCCACACGCCAAAAUGAUAAUAACCUGGUGGGUGUCUAAUGAGGCGUUCGAUGCUAGUAACGGUGGGUAUACCAUCGCUAUCAAAAUCUAUACUGAGGGAGACAAGGUCCUCUGCCUCCGUGAUUCCAUAUAAUUUAUCUCCAAGAAAAGCAAUGUCAACGAUGUAGAUGAAGGGACCAGUUUGUGGCUCAGGCAACCACACACCCUUCCCCGUCCGGAUUAAGAUGAGAGGGCGAUUGCGGCUAUUCGUCAUGACAGCGAUGAUGUCAGAAGGCGUUGACCGUAGGAGCACUUUACGAACCAUGAAAAGCUCGGAAACAUCGCCGAUGACAGCAUCCAGCUCGGGGAGCGGCACGGUGAUGCCAGUAAACGGAUUGUGCAAGGAGUAGCUAUGCAUCUUCUUGGCGUCGGUGAAGUCAAUGGUGAGCCAAUCGUCGGUGGAGCCAAUGCACGUUGUGUUGCUGGGCAAGGUGGGGAGCCGGGGCGGCGAGGUGCAAACAUCGUCCGAAGGUGUGUAGAACGAGCCGUCUGACAUGACAAUCCAGGGUAGCUGCCGUGAAGCCGAAAGGUGCCGGCGCAUAGCCAGAUGCCACGAACGGCACACCGCACGGAAGCGGGCUCGAUCAGCGGCAGAGACCCAAUGACGGUCACGUCGCACCUUCUCGAAGUCAGCGGAGAAACCAAGGACCCAUCGGACUAGCGACCACGCCGAGGGGAAGAAGCCUCUCCGUGGAGGAGAGGACACGAGGCGGUCGAUGAUGAGGUCUAGUACGUCAUGCGGGAGUUCAGACCACGGCGCCGGAGUCGACGUCGCCAUAGACAGAAGCGGCUGUGGAUCGGGUGGGUUUGUAUCAACUGUGUAGCCAGGGCACCGCCACUACCCCUACGUACUAUAUGAGGAUAUAGGUUGGUUCCGAAUUUGACGGGAGUCCCGCACCCAAACGGACGCCAACACGAACGAACAUUCCUGAGUUUGAGUCGAACUCCAAUUAGCGUGCUGGCUGGCGCGACCCGUGUCGGAAGCCCGGAACCGAGUACUGUUGCACGGACCCGCAAGCCCAAUCAAACACGAUCCGCCGUCUCGGCGGCGGCGGCGGCGGCGAUGGGCAAGGCGAAGGGAAAGCAGCUGCAGGACGAGUACUACCACCUCGCCAAGGACAUCACCACCACCAGGUGCCGCUCCGCCACGCGGAGGCUCAUCGACACCUUCGACGUCGUCCUCCACGACGGCUCGCCCAACGUCGGCAGCGCAUGGGCGCAGGAGGCCACCGCGCAGUCCGCACUCGUCAUCGACGCCGUUCGCCUGGCCACCAUGUUCCUCGCCCCCAAUGGCACCUUCGUCACCAUUCACCAAGAUGAGGUCAAAUACCUUUGCGAGGAUUUGCAGGUGCUGGAUAAAAAUAGUUUCAAGCAUAUCUUGGAGUGGCGCACACGCGUAAGGAAAGCCCUGCCGUCAUCUUCGCAAGUUACACCACAGGAUGAUGGUGCCGCGACGGACACCAAGGUCAAAGAUGAUGUUCAGCUUUUACAGGAAAUGGAAGAAAUGGAUUCUGAUGAAGAACACCAACUGGAGGAGAUGCUUGAUGAAGCUUAUGAGCGUUAUGUGACCAAAAUGGGUGAAGAAGUAAAACAAGAACACAAACGUGCCAAGCGAAUCGAUCCUGAUGCUAAUGCAGGUUUGUUAGAGAGAGGUGAAGAUGAUGGUGGCAACGUUGGCAUCGAUCAAGGUUCUGACAAAGAUCAAGGCCAAGAGACCAACCCCCUUUUAUUAUGUCUAGAUACAGAGAAGCCAGCGGAAGAGCAAGAUGUUAAAGCAGUGGUUCAGUCAGGAUAUGUUCACAGAAGAAGGAAGAAGGGGAAAGGUGGCAAAGGAGGCGCCAAAGGGGGGAAAGGGAUGAAGGGUUCCGCCGGCCAGAAGAAAUGAGGCAUGCAAGGGAAAGCUGAGAAGAAGUUCAGCAGCAGAGUUUAGUUUAGCAAGGCAUCGAGUCAAGUUAGUUUAGCAAGGCAUGAAUGAGUAACUAGACAUUGUUGUGAGAUCCGAGCAUUUAUGUGCUUUCUCGUACUUCUCUGCGAUGUUGAAAUCAGAUAACAAGUCCGAUGUAGUCUAUUAAACCAUGUGGACAAUCAAGGCAUUUGUCUGAGAAAAUAUUUGCUCCAUCAGGUCCUUUCCUCAUUUUUUCCACUGCUUUUCGUAUAAUUCUGUCACUGGCAUAAUGAGGAAGACAAUUGGUGUCCGGUCUAUUUGAUGACAAAUUGCUCCUACUCAUUCUGAAUGUCAAAUCAGGAGCAUAUAUGCUUUUGU